AACGGACAGUCUAUAUCCGGGUUGCAUCCUAAAUUAACGAUACAUAAAAUUGGAGAUUUCCGAAUUCCCAGUUGUUUUGAACGCGUAACUUUACUCAACAUAAAGGCAUUGCUUCUUGACUAAUACAUUUAUUUUGUUUUUUUCUUCUAGGUAAAUUGUCGCACGUAUUGACAAAAACACUGACUUGUCAAAGUAGAUUCACAUGCAGGACGUCGUAUGUUUUCUACUGCUGCGUUUACGUCCUAGUCUGAAUUAAGAAACGUUGUCAUUUUCUUACUUGCUACCCGUGUGUAAAUCAGAAAAGGCGGCCCAUGUGUACAUACAAACAGGUCGCAGGAAGCAGGUGUUAUUCCACUAAAGUCUGAUCUGCACAACACGAAGCAGUGGUCGUUUAAAAUAUUGCUGAUCUGCUUUUUCACUGCCACCAUGGCCCAAAAGAUGGUCAUAAUCGACACGGAUGCAGGUAUAGAUGACGCCCAGGCGAUAAUGAUGGCCGCGGCCGCUCCAAGCCUGCAGAUCCUGGGGAUAACAUGCUGCUUCGGGAAUACUGAUGUGGACAACGUCUGUCAGAAUGUGCUGCUGGUGCUGUCUGUCUGUGAACGCACACAGAUUCCAGUGUUCCAGGGUGCUGCUGGUCCCCUGGUGGGGGCCACCAAGACUUUCAGCGACCACUUUGGGACUGACGGGCUGGGAGAUGUGCUGGAGGACAGAGACCCACAGUGGAAGGAGAAGGUCCAGAGAGAACACGCUGUUAAUGCUAUGAUCAGACUGGUAGCUGCCAACCCUAAACAGGUGUCCUUGGUGGCUCUUGGGCCGCUCACCAACCUGGCUCUAGCCAGCCGACUGGACCCUUCUUUCCAACAGAACCUGAAGGAGCUCCUCAUUAUGGGAGGCAACAUGGAGGGUAAAGGGAAUGUAUCUUUAUGUGGAGAGUUUAACUUUGUGAUGGAUCCUGAAUCUGCCUUCAUUGUCCUGGAGGAGUACCUCUGUCCUACACGCAUAGCAUCAUGGGAGUAUUGCUGUCGGAAUAAACUGGAAUGGGAAUUCUUUGAAAAACUGAUUAGCGAGGACACGCCUGCUGGUCGCUUCAUGAAGAUGAUCACGUCCAAGUGUUGGGGUUAUUCCAAGGAGGCAAUGCUGAGUAAGAGGGAUGUGUACUUCGGGCCUGGCUUUGUCUCCUACGAUGCUUAUGCAGUGGCAGCGUGUAUAGACAGCUCUGUGGUGACCGAGAGUAUAGAGUGUGCUGUCAGGGUGGAACUACAGGGGGAGCUAUGCAGAGGCAUGAUGGUUCUGGAUCAGAGGGACAAACUGAACAAAAGCCACCGCGUUUCUGUCAUGAAGACCUGUGAUCUGACCAAGUUCAGGCAGUUACUCAUGGCUUCCCUUAAACAACCCUGUAGGAAGUAGGCUACGAGACAGACCAACCUGAUGUCGGCCAUGCGUUGUAGAUCACCUGCUGGGUGAUGACAUAGCUGCAAGCAGCAAUGAACGGGGUUCACAGGAAGGAGACUAGAACAGUUAGUGCUUGCUUUUUUAUCGAUCUGCCAAAAAUAAUGGAAGCAUGAAUUAUUAUUUUUUUAAUUAUUUUUUUUAAACCAGGCAAGUCAGUUAAGAACACAUUCUUAUUUUCAAUGAUGGCCUGGGAACAGUGGGUUAACUGCCUGUUCAGGGGCAGAACGACAGAUUUGUA